AUGGAGUGAGUCAGGAUCAAACUCAUUCCGGACAAACGGGAUGAAGACUACUUUCUGAAGAAAGUGAAUUUCAGGUAACAGGUCCGAACCGUACUGGGUGCAAUGAAAGCUCCAUGCAGGCCUUACCAUGGAAGGCUGUGACUCGCCUGUCAUCUCUGGGAAGGACAAUGGGUGUAGUAUCCCUCAGCACCAGCAAUGGACUGAACUCAACAGCACCCACCUCCCUGACAAACCCAGUAGCAUGGAGCAGUCCCCACCGGAAAACCACGGGCCCCUAGACGGCCUGCGGGCCCCCUUCAACGAGCGCAUCCUGGACAGCGCCAACUCGGCCGGCCCCAACGCUGAGCUCACUAGCAAAGAGGUCAGCUGCAACGAAUGCUCAGCCUCAUUUGCCAGUUUACAGACCUACAUGGAGCACCACUGCCCCAGUGCCCGCCCGCCCCUCCCCCUGAGGGAGGAAAGCGGGAGCGACACCAGUGAGGAGGGGGAUGAGGAGAGUGAUGUGGAGAACCUGGCUGGGGAGAUCGUCUAUCAGCCGGACGGCUCGGCGUACAUCGUUGAAAGCGUCAGCCAGUUGAUCCAAAGCGGGGGACUCUGUGGCAGCGGCAAUGCCAGCGGGGCUCUCCCGCCCCUCUUUAUGAACUCUCUACCCACUGCUGGGGGCAAACAAGGGGAACCCUCCUCUGCUGCACCAGUCUACCCACAGAUCAUCAAUACUUUCCACAUAGCCUCAUCCUUCGGGAAGUGGUUUGAGGGCUCAGACCAGGCUUUCCCGAAUACCUCAGCCCUGACGGGCAUCAGCCCCGUCCUGCACAGCUUCCGCGUUUUCGAUGUGCGACACAAAAGCAACAAGGAUUACCUGAACAGCGACGGUUCUGCCAAAAGCUCCUGUGUAUCCAAAGAUGUUCCCAACAAUGUGGACCUGUCCAAAUUCGAUGGCUUUGUGCUCUACGGGAAGAGGAAGCCCAUCCUGAUGUGCUUCUUGUGCAAGCUCUCCUUCGGGUACGUCCGCUCGUUUGUGACCCACGCAGUGCAUGACCAUCGAAUGACCCUGAGCGAAGAGGAGCGGAAAAUUCUUAGCCAUAAGAACAUCUCCGCUAUCAUCCAAGGGAUAGGCAAAGACAAGGAACCCCUUGUAAGUUUUCUGGAACCAAAAAACAAAAAUUUUCAACACCCUUUAGUUUCUGCAGCUAACCUCAUAGGCCCUGGACACAGUUUUUAUGGUAAAUUUAGUGGCAUUCGAAUGGAAGGAGAGGAGGCCCUCCAGGCCGGCCCGGCCAGUGGAGCGGAGCAGCCCCAGCCUGGCAUCCUGGCGCCUGGCACCCUCUUGAAUCUCGGUGGGCUGACCAGCUCGGCUCUGAAGACCCCAAUUACCUCAGUCCCCCUGGGCCCACUUGCUUCCAGCCCUACCAAAUCCUCAGAGGGCAAGGACCCCGGGGUAGCCGAGGGUGAGAAGCAAGAAGCGGGCGACCAGGAUAGCCUCUCAGAGAAGGCAGAGCCAGCCGAGGAUGGAGAGGAGGAGGAGGAGGAAGAGGAUGUGGAGGAGGAGGAGGAGGAAGAGGAGGAGGAGGAGGAGGAGGAAGAGGAGGAGGAGGAAGAUGAGGGUUGCAAAGGACUCUUUCCGAGUGAGUUGGAGGAUGAAUUGGAGGACAGGCCCCACGAGGAGUCUGGGGUCGUGGCAGGUAGCAGCAGCAAAAAGGACCUUGCUCUCUCAAACCAAAGCAUUUCUAACUCUCCCUUAAUGCCUAACGUGCUCCAGACCUUGUCGAGGAGCACGGCUUCUACUAGUUCUAAUUCUGCUUCUUCCUUUGUUGUCUUUGAUGGUGCAAACAGGAGGAAUCGUUUAAGCUUUAACAGUGAGGGGGUCAGGGCCACCGUGGCAGAGGGCAGCAGGAGGUUGGACUUCGUUGACGAAAGUGCCAAUAAAGACAAUGCCACAGCACCGGAACCAAAUGAAAGCGCGGAGGGUGAAGAUGGGAGCUACCUCUCCCAUCACCAGCACGCUGGCACCCUCUGCGAGCUUGGGGUUGGGGAGUGCCCCUCGGGGAGCGGCGUGGAGUGCCCAAAGUGUGACACGGUCCUGGGCUCCUCACGCUCGCUGGGUGGGCAUAUGACGAUGAUGCAUUCUCGUAACUCAUGUAAGACUCUCAAGUGUCCCAAGUGCAAUUGGCACUACAAGUACCAGCAGACGCUUGAGGCGCACAUGAAGGAGAAGCACCCGGAGCCGGGAGGCUCCUGUGUCUACUGCAAAAGCGGGCAGCCUCAUCCACGGUUGGCACGGGGCGAGAGCUACACCUGUGGUUACAAGCCUUUCCGCUGUGAGGUCUGUAACUACUCUACUACUACCAAAGGCAACCUCAGUAUUCAUAUGCAGUCUGACAAGCAUCUCAACAACAUGCAAAACCUGCAGAACGGAGGGGGGGAGCAAGUCUUCAGCCACACGGCCGGGGCGGCGGCGGCGGCGGCGGCAGCGGCGGCCGCGGCGGCCAACAUUGGGAGCACCUGUGGAGCCCCCUCACCCACCAAACCAAAAACCAAACCCACCUGGCGGUGCGAGGUUUGUGACUACGAGACAAAUGUCGCCAGGAACCUCCGUAUCCACAUGACCAGUGAGAAGCACAUGCACAAUAUGAUGCUGCUUCAGCAGAACAUGACUCAGAUCCAACACAACCGGCACUUGGGCCUCGGCAGUCUGCCCUCGCCGGCCGAGGCUGAGCUCUACCAGUACUACCUGGCGCAAAAUAUGAAUCUGCCCAACCUGAAGAUGGACAACGCUGCCUCGGAUGCACAGUUCAUGAUGGGUGGAUUCCAGCUGGAUCCCACCAAUCCCAUGACCGCAAUGGCUCCAACUUUAGUGGCCGGCGAGAUACCCCUAGACAUGCGGCUGGGGGGAGGGCAGCUGGUGUCUGAGGAGCUGAUGAACCUGGGCGAGAGCUUCACGCAGACCAACGACCCAUCCUUGAAGCUAUUUCAGUGUGCAGUGUGCAACAAGUUCACCACAGACAACCUGGACAUGCUGGGGCUGCACAUGAACGUGGAACGCAGCCUCCCAGAGGACGAGUGGAAGGCAGUAAUGGGGGACUCCUAUCAGUGCAAGCUCUGUCGCUACAAUACCCAGCUCAAGGCCAAUUUCCAGCUCCACUGCAAGACAGACAAGCAUGUGCAGAAAUACCAGUUGGUGGCACACAUCAAGGAGGGGGGUAAGGCCAAUGAGUGGAGGUUGAAAUGUGUGGCCAUUGGGAACCCUGUACACUUGAAGUGCAACGCCUGCGACUACUACACAAACAGCCUGGAGAAGCUGCGUCUCCACACGGUCAACUCGAGGCACGAGGCCAGCCUGAAGCUAUACAAGCACCUUCAGCAGCACGAGAGUGGGGUCGAGGGAGAAAGCUGCUACUAUCACUGCGUCCUGUGUAACUACUCCACUAAAGCCAAGCUCAAUCUUAUACAGCAUGUUCGCUCCAUGAAACAUCAACGGAGUGAGAGUCUGCGCAAGCUACAGAGACUCCAGAAGGGCCUUCCCGAGGAAGAAGAAGACCUGGGACAAAUCUUCACCAUCCGCAAGUGUCCAGCCACUGAUCCAGAAGAAUCAGUUGAAGAUGUUGAAGGGCCCAGUGAAGCAGCUGCUGAUUCAGAAGAGCUUGCUAAAGACCAAGAGAGCGGAGGCGAUAAAGACCAGGGCAGGUGGACAGCAUCGUCCAGCCAAGCAGACAAGGAGUUGACUGAAUCUCCCGCAACCUCCAAACGCAUAUCUUUCUCAGGCAGCUCUGAGUCCCCUCUCGCUUCCAAGCGUCCGAAAACGUCUGAAGAGACCAAAUCCGAGCAGAUGUAUCAGUGUCCGUACUGUAAAUACAGUAACCCAGAUGUGAACCGGCUCCGGGUGCAUGCCAUGACCCAGCACUCAGUGCAGCCUAUGCUCCGCUGCCCUCUCUGCCAGGAUAUGCUGAACAACAAAAUCCAUCUGCAGCUGCAUCUCACCCACCUUCACAGUGUGGCACCAGACUGUGUCGAGAAACUCAUUAUGACGGUGACAACCCCCGAAAUGAUGAUGCCCAGCAGCAUGUUCCUUCCAGCAGCCGUUCCGGACCGAGACGGGAACUUAAACACAGAAGAGGCAGGAAAACAGCCUGAGACCUCUGAGGAUCUGGGAAAGGGCCUUUUGCCAUCUGAGACUGCAGAGCACAGUGGAGAUUUGAAGCCUGCUCCUGGUGACCAGAGUUCCACCAGAGAAGACUCUGGCUUUCUUUGCUGGAAGAAGGGGUGCAACCAGGUUUUUAAAACCUCUGCAGCCCUUCAGACGCACUUCAAUGAGGUUCAUGCCAAGAGGCCGCAGCUGCCGGUGUCUGAUCGCCAUGUAUACAAGUAUCGCUGCAAUCAGUGCAGUCUGGCCUUCAAGACUAUUGAGAAACUGCAGCUCCACUCUCAGUACCACGUCAUCAGAGCGGCCACCAUGUGUUGUCUCUGCCAGCGCAGCUUCCGAACAUUUCAAGCUCUGAAAAAGCACCUGGAGACCAGCCACUUGGAACUGAGCGAGGCGGACAUCCAGCAGCUGUAUAGCGGGCUUCUGGUCAAUGGGGACCUCCUGGCUAUGGGUGACCCAUCUCUGGCGGAAGAUCACACCAUCAUUGUUGAGGAAGAUAAGGAGGAAGAGAGUGACAUGGAGGAUAAGCAAAGCCCAACAGGGAGUGAUUCGGGGUCAGUGCAAGAAGAUUCAGGCUCCGAGCCCAAGAGAGCUCUGCCGUUCAGGAAAGGGCCCAAUUUCACCAUGGAGAAGUUCCUAGAUCCUUCCCGCCCUUACAAGUGUACGGUCUGCAAGGAGUCUUUCACCCAAAAGAACAUUCUGCUGGUUCACUACAACUCAGUGUCCCACCUGCAUAAGUUGAAGAGAGCCCUCCAGGAGUCCGCGACUGGUCAGCCGGAGCCAACCAGCAGCCCAGACAACAAGCCUUUUAAGUGCAACACCUGCAACGUAGCCUACAGCCAGAGUUCUACGUUGGAGAUCCACAUGAGGUCUGUGCUGCACCAAACCAAGGCCCGCGCGGCCAAGCUGGAGGCGGCGAGCGGCAGCGGCAACAGUAACGGAACUGGGAACAGCAGCGGCAACAUCUCUCUGGGUUCUUCCACCCCAAGCCCGGUGAGCACUAGCAGCAGUAAUACCUUCCCCUCCACUAACGCCAGCAGCGGCGGGGCCGGGCCGAGCUCCAACUUACUGGGCCAGGUGACGAGCGAAAGCGUGGGCAUCCCUCCCCUUGGGAACCCGAUGAGUGCCAGCGUCACCUCUCCUCCCGAGCCCAAGGAGGUCAACCGGAAGAAACUGGCAGACAUGAUCGCCUCCAGGCAGCAGCAGCAGCAGCAACAGCAGCAGCAGCAGCAGCAGCAGCAAGCUCAGACGUUAGCCCAGGCGCAAGCCCAGGUGCAGGCCCAUCUGCAGCAAGAGCUGCAGCAGCAGGCAGCUCUCAUCCAGUCGCAGUUGUUCAACCCAGCUCUCUUACCGCACUUCCCGAUGACCACGGAGACCUUGCUUCAGCUUCAGCAGCAGCAGCACCUUCUGUUUCCUUUCUACAUCCCCAGUGCCGAGUUCCAGCUCAACCCAGAGGUUAGCUUGCCUGUCACUAGCGGAGCCCUGACGCUCACGGGGGCCACCGGGCCGAGUCUGUUGGAAGACUUGAAGGCUCAGGUUCAGAUUCCCCAGCAGAGCCAUCAGCAGUUACUCCAGCAGCAGCCAAGCCAGCUCUCCUUGUCACAGUCUCACCCUGCUCUUCUUCAGCCCAGCCCGCACCCAGAGAAGAAAAACAAGUUAAUCAUGAAGGACAAGGAGAAAGAGUCCCAGAGGGAACGGGAGAGCGUAGAGAGGGGAGAGUGUAAUGCCAUCUCCAAGGAGUCUCUGUCCGAAACCUUAAAGCCCAAAGAUAAGAAAGAUUUUGUGCCCGGGGCUAGUUCUGAGCCCUCCAUGCUCCCACCGCGCAUCGCCUCGGAUGCCCGAGGGAACGCCACCAAGGCCCUGCUAGAGAACUUUGGCUUUGAGCUGGUCAUUCAGUACAAUGAGAACAAGCAGAAGGUGCAGAAGAAAAAUGGGAAGACGGAGCAGGGCGACAGCUUGGAAAAACUUGAAUGUGACUCCUGCGGCAAGAUGUUCUCCAACAUUCUGAUUCUCAAGAGUCACCAGGAGCACGUACACCAACACUACUUCCCCUUUAAGCAGUUGGAGAGGUUUGCCAAACAGUACAGAGAGCACUAUGAUAAAUUGUACCCCCUGCGGCCUCAGACCCCAGAGCCUCCACCACCUCCUCCUCCCCCGCCGCCCCCGCUCCCAGCGGCACCUCCUCAGCCGGCUUCUACUCCGACCAUUCCCACAUCCGCCCCACCGAUCGCUUCUCCGACGAUUGCACCAGCCCAGCCGUCUGUGCCACUUACCCAGCUCUCUAUGCCAAUGGAGCUGCCCAUCUUUUCACCACUUAUGAUGCAAACGAUGCCCCUGCAAACCUUACCGGCUCAGUUGCCCCCCCAGCUCGGUCCCGUAGACCCUCUGCCUGCCGAUUUGGCCCAACUGUAUCAGCAUCAGCUGAACCCCAGCCUGCUCCAGCAACAGAACAAGAGGCCACGCACGCGGAUCACAGAUGACCAGCUUCGAGUCCUUCGACAGUAUUUCGACAUUAACAAUUCCCCCAGUGAAGAGCAGAUUAAAGAGAUGGCUGACAAGUCUGGGCUGCCGCAGAAGGUGAUCAAGCACUGGUUCCGCAACACCCUGUUCAAAGAACGUCAGCGAAACAAAGACUCUCCGUACAACUUCAGCAAUCCUCCCAUCACCAGUCUGGAGGAACUGAAAAUCGACUCGAGACCGCCGUCUCCGGAGCCGCAGAAGCACGAGUACUGGGGAAGCAAGAGGUCUUCCAGGACCCGCUUCACCGAUUACCAGCUGAGAGUCCUGCAGGACUUCUUCGAUGCCAAUGCGUAUCCCAAGGACGAUGAGUUUGAACAGCUUUCCAAUUUACUAAAUCUCCCUACCCGAGUCAUAGUGGUGUGGUUUCAGAAUGCCCGUCAGAAGGCAAGGAAGAACUAUGAGAACCAGGGCGAAGGGAAAGACGGAGAAAGGCGGGAGCUGACCAACGACAGGUACAUUCGCACGAGCAACUUGAACUACCAGUGCAAGAAAUGCAGCUUGGUCUUUCAGCGCAUUUUUGACCUCAUUAAGCACCAGAAAAAGCUGUGUUACAAGGACGAGGACGAGGACGGGCAGGACGAUAGCCAAAAUGAAGAUUCUAUGGAUGCCAUGGAGCUGCUUACUCCCACCAGUUCGUCCUGCAGCACCCCGAUGCCCUCCCAGGCCUACAGCGCCCCAGCAGCUUCAGCUAAUGCGCCGUCUUCGGCUUUCCUGCAGCUCGCAGCCGAGUCUGAGGAAUCCCCCGCCUUCAGUUCCAAAACAGAAGCGAGCGAUGAAAAGCCAAAGCAGUCUGAACCGCCCAGUGCGCAGCCAAACCAAACCCAAGAGAAGCAAGUGCAACCAAAGCAGGAGUCUCAGCAGCAGCAGCAGCAGCAGCAGCAGCAGCUGCUGCUGCCACCCCAGCCUGACCCGCCAGAACAGAAGAUGAGCAUAUCUCAGCAAAAGAUCCCACAGCUGUCCUCACCCCCGGCGUUACAGCAACCCCCACCCCAGGUCCCCCCGCCUCCCUGCUCCUUACCCCAGUCCAGCCCUAGCCCAUCCCAGCUCUCCCACCUCUCCCUCAAGCCCCUCCACACAUCCACCCCGCAGCAGUUGGCCAGCCUACCUCCUCAGUUAAUCCCUUACCAGUGUGACCAGUGCAAACUGGCCUUUCCCUCCUUCGAGCAUUGGCAGGAGCAUCAGCAACUUCACUUUCUGAGUGCGCAGAACCAGUUUAUUCACCCCCAGUUUUUGGACAGGACCCUGGACAUGCCCUUCAUGCUCUUCGACCCUAGUAACCCACUUCUUGCAAGUCAGCUGCUAUCUGGGGCACUACCUCAGAUUCCAGCAAGCUCUGCCACUUCUCCGUCCACUCCGACUUCUACCAUGAAUACCUUGAAGAGGAAGCUGGAGGAGAAGGCCAGCGCGAGCCCCGGGGAAAAUGACAGUGGAACGGGAGGGGAAGAACCCCAGAGAGACAAGCGACUAAGGACAACUAUUACUCCAGAACAGCUGGAAAUCCUCUACCAGAAGUACCUGCUGGACUCCAACCCAACCCGGAAAAUGUUGGAUCACAUUGCCCACGAAGUGGGCUUGAAGAAACGUGUUGUGCAGGUUUGGUUUCAGAACACCCGAGCGCGGGAAAGGAAAGGGCAGUUUCGGGCGGUUGGCCCUGCCCAGGCGCACAGGCGGUGCCCUUUCUGCAGAGCCCUCUUCAAAGCCAAAACUGCCCUGGAGGCUCACAUUCGGUCCCGUCACUGGCAUGAGGCCAAGAGAGCCGGCUACAACCUGACGCUGUCCGCCAUGCUGUUAGACUGCGACGGGGGCCUCCAGAUGAAGGGCGACAUCUUCGAUGGCACCAGCUUUUCCCACUUGCCACCAAGUAGUAGCGAUGGCCAAGGUGUUCCUCUUUCACCAGUGAGUAAAACCAUGGAGCUGUCUCCCAGAACUUUGCUUAGCCCUUCCUCCAUCAAGGUGGAAGGGAUAGAAGACUUCGAGAACCCUUCCAUGUCCUCGGUUAAUCUCAACUUUGACCAAACCAAGCUGGACAACGACGACUGCUCCUCCGUCAACACGGCGAUCACAGACACCACGACCGGCGACGAGGGCAACGCGGACAACGACAGUGCGACGGGCAUAGCGACCGAACCCAAGUCGUCGUCGGCGCCCAGUGAAGGGCUGACCAAGGCUGCCAUGAUGGCCAUGUCUGAGUAUGACGAUCGCUUGUCUUCUGGCUUGGUCAGCCCAGCGCCCAGCUUUUACAGCAAGGAAUACGAUAACGAAGGAACGGUGGACUACAGUGAGACGUCCAGCCUUGCGGACCCCUGCUCCCCCAGCCCUGGGGCGAGCGGUUCAGCGGGCAAGUCUGGAGACAGCGGGGAUAGGCCGGGGCAGAAACGUUUUCGCACUCAGAUGACUAAUCUUCAGCUAAAGGUCCUAAAGUCAUGCUUUAACGACUACAGGACACCGACCAUGCUGGAGUGUGAGGUCCUGGGCAAUGACAUUGGACUGCCAAAGAGAGUUGUUCAGGUCUGGUUCCAGAAUGCCAGGGCGAAAGAAAAGAAGUCCAAACUAAGCAUGGCCAAGCAUUUUGGUAUAAACCAAACAAGUUACGAGGGACCCAAAACAGAGUGCACUUUGUGUGGCAUCAAGUACAGCGCUCGGCUGUCUGUACGUGACCAUAUCUUUUCUCAGCAGCAUAUCUCCAAAGUUAAGGACACCAUCGGAAGCCAGUUGGACAAGGAGAAGGAAUACUUCGACCCUGCUACCGUUCGCCAGCUGAUGGCUCAGCAAGAGUUGGACCGGAUUAAAAAGGCCAAUGAGGUGCUCGGUCUGGCGGCUCAACAGCAAGGCAUGUUUGACAGUACCCCUCUUCAAGCUCUUAACCUUCCCACUGCAUAUCCGGCACUCCAGGGCAUUCCUCCCGUAUUGCUCCCUGGCCUCAACAGUCCGUCUUUGCCAGGUUUCACUCCAUCCAACACAGCUUUAACUUCUCCGAAACCGAACCUGAUGGGCCUGCCCAGCACAACGGUCCCUUCCCCCGGCCUCCCGACAUCUGGAUUACCAAAUAAACAGUCCUCAGCCUCGCUGAGCUCCCCGACCCCGGCACAAGCUACCAUGGCGAUGGCCCCUCAACAACCACCCCAGCCCCAGCAGCAGCAACAGCAGCAGCAGCAGCAACAACAGCCGCAACUUCACCCUCAGCAGCAGCAGCAGCAGCAGCAGCAGCAUCAGCAGCAGCAGCAGCGCAAGGACAAGGAAAAUGAGAAGAUUAAAGAGAAGGAAAAGGCGCAUAAAGGGAAAGGGGAAUCCCUGCCAGUACCCAAGAAGGAGAAGGGAGAGGCCCCUGCAGCGACACUUUCAGCCCCCUUACCCACGAUGGAGUAUGCGGUAGAACCUGCCCAGCUUCAGGCCCUGCAGGCGGCCUUGACUUCGGACCCCACUGCUCUGCUCACGAGCCAGUUCCUUCCGUAUUUCGUACCCGGCUUUUCUCCUUACUACGCCCCCCAGAUCCCUGGGGCCCUGCAAAGCGGGUACCUGCAGCCCAUGUACGGCAUGGAAGGCCUGUUUCCCUACAGUCCAGCUCUGUCCCAGGCCCUGAUGGGGUUGUCCCCCGGCUCCUUACUGCAGCAGUACCAGCAAUACCAGCAGAGUUUGCAGGAGGCUUUACAGCAGCAGCAGCAGCAGAGGCAACUUCAGCAGCAGAAAGUGCAGCAGCAACAGCAGCAGCAGCAGCAGCAGCAGCAGCCCAAAGCAAGCCAAACCCCAGUCCCCCCGGGGGCUGCUUCCCCAGACAAAGACCCUGCCAAAGAAUCCCCCAAACAAGAAGAGCAGAAAAACGCACCCCGCGAGGUGUCCCCCCUCCUGCCGAAACCCCAAGAAGAGCCAGAAGCAGAAAGCAAAAGUGCGGACUCCCUCUACGACCCCUUCAUUGUUCCAAAGGUGCAGUACAAGUUGGUCUGCCGCAAGUGCCAGGCGGGCUUCAGCGACGAGGAGGCGGCCAGGAGCCACCUGAAGUCCCUCUGCUUCUUCGGCCAGUCUGUGGUGAACCUGCAAGAGAUGGUGCUUCGUGUCCCCGCUGGCGGCAGCGGCGGAGGCGGUGGCGGUGGUGGCGGUGGCGGCGGCUCUUCGUACCACUGCCUGGCGUGCGAGAGCACCCUCUGUGGGGAUGAAGCUCUGAGUCAACAUCUCGAGUCAACCUUGCACAAACACAGAACAAUCACGAGAGCAGCAAGAAACGCCAAAGAGCACCCUAGUUUAUUACCUCACUCUGCCUGCUUCCCCGAUCCUAGCACCGCAUCUACCUCGCAGUCUGCCGCUCACUCAAACGACAGCCCCCCGCCCCCUUCGUCGUCCUCCUCCUCCUCAGCUUCCCCCCACGCCUCCAGAAAGUCUUGGCCUCAAGUGGUCUCGCGGGCUUCAGUUGGGAAGCCUUCUUCUUUUCCUCCUCUCUCCUCAUCUUCAACGGUUACCUCAAGUUCAUGCAGCACCUCAGGGGUUCAGCCCUCGAUGCCAACAGACGACUAUUCGGAGGAGUCUGACACGGAUCUUAGCCAAAAGUCAGAUGGACCGGCUAGCCCGGUGGAGGGGCCCAAAGACCCCAGCUGCCCUAAGGACAGUGGUCUAACUAGUGUAGGAAUGGACACCUUCAGAUUGUAAGCUUUGAAGAUGAACAAUAAAAAAAAAAAAAAUGAAUUUAAAUAAAUUAAUAACAAACCAAUUUCAAAAAUAGACUAACUGCAAUUCCAAAGCUUCUAACCAAAAAAAGAAAAAAAAAGAAAAAGUGUGGGUUGUUUUCCCAUAUAACUUAUCUAUGCCGGUGGGUUUUACAUUCUUUUCUUUUUUCUUUGAAUA